AUGGCAAAAAGAGUCUUGAGCAAGUUUGAGACCCCCUUCCAGGUCCUUCGCUUCUCCGAUGAAGGCAGCCGCUUGUUCACAGCCUUUCAGGCAGGCUUCAACACACAAGCUGCAGUGCUGCGCGAUUCUGAAGACGGAUCUGCCAGACAGGGUACUGCGGCUUGGCACUUGGCAGUGCUGUCCGCCAGCAUGCUCGUCCUUGACAUCGGCUUGGGUGUGCGCGGGCAAGCUGCUUCGCUGGAGGUUGGCGCAGAUCAUGUUUGCCGGGCCUUCAACCAGUUGAAGCUGUCUCAUGACGUUGUGGGCUUGUGGACAGAAAAGGUGCCAGCAACAACUACUUGGACAAGGGGCGACACAAGUGAUGCGGCCCUCCAAAUGUCCAGCCGAGCCAGGUUGGAAUCAGUGUGUGAUGCCGCCAUACCGCACAGCCAGUUUGAAACUUUUCAGCCUGAUGGCCCAGGCCCCAUGGAGAUCCAAGAGAGUCAAGAUGAACCGCCGAAGGUAUUGAGUCUGCUAGACCCUGAAAUUCCUCCUUUGACGCGUGGCUAUGGUUCAAAUGGGGAGUCUGUCCAGAGCCCUGAUGAUGGCGAGAUCAUUCUCUCUGACAGAGCCAUCAUGGCCAAGACCAUCUUGCGUGGUGAGCCUAUCAUCUUCGGCCACAAGGUCAUUGACAGCGUCAGCGUCAAGAAGAAAAAUGACAAUGGGAAGUACAGCAGAGUGUCGCUGAAGCUUCGCCAUUGGAAGGCCGUUAUGUCCGCUGGCAUGAGCCUGCACCGAAUCGGACGUUUUGACGAUGGCCAAGCAUGUGAGGAGUACCCCAGGCAACCCCGGCUCAUCCUAGAACUUCCGCCAGCAGGAGAUGAGGCCAAGCGAGCAGAGUACCACAACCGCAUGAUGCUUCUGUGCGCGGUGCCGUACAGUUCUUUGGUGUCAAAGAUUGAAGAGAAAAUGCAAGUGAGCAAAGCCCGGUGCGUGAAGUCAAAGGCCAAGAAGCCGGCGGGGAAGGAAUCAGAACAGGCACCGCCAGGAAAGCGUUUGAAACCCAAGGAGGAGGCUGGGGAUGAAAUUGAAAUCCAGCACGGAGACAAGACCUUGGGCUUUGGCUGUUGCUAG